AUGGUCCAACGCUUCAAGAGGGAGCUUAAAGAAGUGAAGGAUGCCUUUCCUGAAGACGUGAGGAAUAAUUGGACUCUUCAGUCAAAAUGCCUGAAUUUGGAAAUAUACAUCCACGAGGUCGGGCUACAUAUUCCGCGCAGCCACUUCCAGAUUCUCCAAGCCGGCAACACCAACUGCUGCAGCUGGUGCGCGUCCACCGCACGCCACGACAUCGUCAUCGCAUGCAUCCGCGCCGCGCAGGCCUGCAUCGAUAUGUUCUUGCAGCUCCCCGACGAGCUGCUCCGGCGCAGCACGCUGAUCGAAGAAGCUCGCCUCCUGUACGCGAUCCUCAUCCUCAGCAUCAUCACGCUCGAACAGAGCACCUGGAACCUGGACUCGAAGCGGCUGGUCGAGAUCGCCGACAUCGGCUACUACCUGUCGGCGCUGGACCGGCGCUUCGCCGCGCUGGUGACGCUGCUGCCGAGCGGGCGCGAGCGGCGCGACUACUUCUGGCGCAUGCGGCAGUUCGCCGCGAGCUCGGUCGACUGGCACCGCAAGUACAUGGCGGGCCUGGCGGGCCUAGCCGAGCCAACGGACAAGUGCAGCGUCGAGCUGAGCUUCAUGAACAUUUUGAGCAAGGCGGCGUUCCAUAUCCGGGAGGACGACGAGGUCACGGACGAGCCGGUCAUUGGCCCGGAGCUGUUGGACACAUCGUGGAUGAUGGACCAGGCUGAUAUUUGGCCGGACUUGGAGAUGCACACGUAG